AUGGCUAUCACCAACGGCACCAACAGCGUCAACGGCGAGACACACCAUUCAAAGCUGCCGGCGGACUUUGUCUGGGGAUACGCAACAGCUAGCUACCAAAUUGAGGGAGCUCAUGAUGAGGACGGUCGAUUACCUUCCAUCUGGGAUACAUUCAGCAAGACACCAGGGAAAGUAGAAGACGGCACCAAUGGCGAUGUGGCCUGUGAUUCCUAUCACCGUACACAUGAGGAUAUUGCGAUACUGAAGCAAUAUGGUGCUAAGCUGUAUCGCUUCUCAUUGUCCUGGCCCCGAAUUAUCCCCUUGGGUGGCCGAAAUGACCCUGUCAACCAGAAGGGAAUAGAUUUUUACUCGAGAUUCAUCGACGAUCUACUCGCCGCUGGAAUCGAGCCGUUCGUUACCUUGUACCACUGGGAUCUCCCCGAUGAGCUGUUCAAGAGAUACGGCGGCCCCCUCAAUAAGGACGAAUUCGUGGCUGACUACGCAAACUUUGCGCGCAUCGCAUUUGAGAAUUUUGGACCCAAAGUUAAGCACUGGGUUACCUUCAAUGAACCUUGGUGUAGCUCCGUGCUCGGUUUCAAUAUCGGCAAGCAUGCUCCGGGAAGAACGAGCGAUCGCAAGAAGAAUCCCGUCGGUGAUGGUACAACAGAGCCAUGGAUUGUUGGUCAUACGCUUUUGGUGGCUCACGGUACUGCUGUCGAUAUCUACCGAAGGGAGUUCAAGGCAGCACAGGGAGGAGAAAUCGGCAUUACACUUAACGGAGACUGGGCUGAGCCUUGGGACCCGGAAGACCCAGCGGAUAUUGAAGCUUGCACCCGCAAACUCGAAUUUGCAAUAUCCUGGUUCGCAGACCCAAUUUACCAUGGUAAAUAUCCCGACAGCAUGGUGAAACAACUGGGCGAUCGACUCCCACCAUUGAACUCCGACGAAGUCGCCUUAAUUAAGGGUAGCAAUGACUUUUACGGCAUGAACCAUUACUGCGCAAAUUACAUUCGUCACCGAGAAGGCGAAGCAGAUCCAGACGAUACUGCUGGAAACCUUGAUCAUCUCUUUGAAGACAAGUUCGGUAACUCGAUUGGACCCGAGACGAAUUGUGAAUGGCUUCGUCCUCACCCACUGGGUUUCAGGAAGUUAUUGAAAUGGCUCUCUGACCGUUAUGGUUACCCCAAGAUCUAUGUGACAGAGAACGGCACAAGUAUCAAGGGCGAGAAUGACUUGUCAUUAGACGAGCUUCUCAAUGAUGAGUUCCGCGCCCAAUAUUAUAGAGAUUAUGUCGGCGCCAUGGCCGAUGCUUCUGCUAUCGAUGGUGUCAAUGUUAAGAAAUAUAUGGCCUGGAGCUUGAUGGACAACUUUGAGUGGUCUGAAGGCUACCAGUCCAGAUUCGGCGUCACUUACGUCGACUACAAGGACAAUCAGAAACGAAUCCCCAAGAAGAGUGCCCUCGUCAUUGGAGAAUUGUUCAACAAAUACAUCUCGAAAGAGUAG